AUGGGUCAAACACUAUCAGAACCAGUAAGAGAUAAACAAACUUCCAGCAAUGGAGACCGUCGUCUAAUCUACGCAUUAUCUGAAAUGCAAGGCUGGCGUAUAAGUAUCCUUUUGGUUAUUAGAAGAUUUGGAGCAAAUGAGUUUGUGACAGUAGUGCCUUAUGAAAUAUACAAGACGACUAUUCAAUGCAUGGAGGACGCGCACACCGCAAUUUUGAAGCUCGAAAAUAAGGCGCAGAAAGAAGGAUUUAGCUUCUUCGGCGUUUACGAUGGACACGGUGGUCCGAAUAUUGCUAAAUACAGCGGCGAACAUCUUCAUAAACGUAUCGCCCAUGACGAUGCAUUUGUUCGCGGAGAUUUUUCUUCGUCGAUAAUGAGCGGAUUUCUUGGUCUCGAUGACGACCUUAAGAAUCAUCCCGAAUACCGUACUGAUCCAUCAGGAUGUACAGCUGUUGUCGCACUUAUAACGCCCGAAAAUCGUAUCUAUGUCGGUAACGCCGGCGAUUCUCGUGCGGUAAUCAGUGUGAGAGGCGAAGCGAGACCACUGUCCAACGACCACAAACCACAUAACAAAGAUGAGUCUGAUAGAAUCAAUAAAGCAGGUGGAUUUGUUGAAUUUGGGCGUGUUAAUGGGAAUCUCGCCUUGUCUCGCGCAAUUGGAGACUUUGAAUUUAAGCAGAAUACGGGCCUAGAUGCUAAAGAGCAAAUUGUUACUGCCCACCCGGAAGUCGACGAAUUUACAAUCGACCCAGAGACCGAAUUUAUAGUGCUGGCCUGUGACGGCAUCUGGGACUGUUUAUCAUCACAAGACGUUGUCGCCUUCAUUCGACAAGAGCUAUCCAAAACUGCCUCCCUAAGACUAGCCUGCGAGAAUCUUAUGGAACGCUGCCUAGCUCCUGGUUCAGAUCUUGGUGGUGUUGGCUGCGACAAUAUGACCGUAAUCAUUGUUGGCUUCCUCCAGGGCCGUACCGAACAACAAUGGUACGAUUGGAUAAAAGAACGAGUUGAAGCUGGUAUAGGGCCGACAUUGAGCGAAGAGGCACUUCGUCCCUCGCCUCUACUGUUCCACCCAUUUACUAGUGAGGAUCACGCACUGGACUUGGAAAUUCUAAGUAGUGAAUUGAAGGGCGAUGACUUGAGGGGCACCGAAGAUGAUAUCGCAGCCCAGAACGCAUUGGAAAUUGAGGAAGAUAUUGGUGGAAAGGAAGAUAUUGGUGGAAGGGAAGAUACUAGUGUAAAGAAAGAUAUUAGUGGAAAGGAAGAUAUUAGUGGAAGGAAAGAUAUUAGUGGAGGGGAAACUGCAGGACCAAGCCUCGCAGGAUCAGGUCUCGAUGUGACUACAGGACCAAGUCUCACAGGAUCAAGUCUCAAUGCGAUUGCAGGACCAAGUCUCAAUGUGACUGAAGGAAAGGGUACUAAAAUAGGUGAAUUGAAGGGCGAUGACUUAAGAGGCAGUGAAGGUGGUAUCGCAGCCAAGAACGAAGGGGUAGUUAAUAGGGAAGAUAUUAGUGGAGGGAAAACUGAAGGAAGUGGUACUAAAGUAGGUAAGGCAGAGUAG